AUGCGUCAGUACUCGCUGGUAUAUCGUACUCGCUGCUACUCGGUAGUAGGUGUCGCAACUCGCAAUGUGGUGCGCAUCAGUACGGUUGUCGUCGUCCGCGCGUGGUGUGCCGUCCAACGUCGGGCGGCCCGGUAACGCGAUAUUAUGGCAAUAAUAACAAAAAUAUUAUUGUCUUAUUAAAAUAAAAUUAAAAAAAAAAAGGAAUAUCGAAAGGUCGAUUUUGUUAUUCGAUCUUUUUUUUUUUUAUCGUUACAAAAUAACAUUAAUUCGAAUCCUGUUGGUUACUCAUUAUUUUCAGAAUAAUAAUAUUACUUUUAUCGUUGUUUCGUUGCUCACCGUUUGUGCGGCGGCAUGGUUGUUGUGACGGUGGUACAGGUGGUGGCCGUCGAACGAUGAGGGGGUCACCGCAUUAUCAUAAUUACAACAACAACAACAACAACAAUAACAACAACAAUUCUCAACAGUAUCAGCAGUACCACCAAUACCAUCACGGUUACGGCGGCGGCGGCAGUGGCGUCGGCAGGCGCACCCGAUCGAAACACGGGUGGCCCGAAGUCGCUGUCGCCGUUUACGUGACCGUCGCCGUGGCCGUGACCGUGUGUUAUUGGAACGGUCUGCGCGGCGAUUUUGUGCACGACGACAUACCGGCCGUGGCCAUGAACGCCGACGUGCUGGGCACCGGCCCGCUGGCCCGCGUGGCCACAAACGACUUCUGGGGCACCCCGCUAUCGGACCACAACAGUCACAAAUCGUACCGGCCGCUGACUACGCUGACUUUCAGAUUGAAUCAUUAUUUAUUUGGACUUCAACCUGUGUGGUUUCAUGUUGUCAAUGUUAUCCUUCAUGGCAUUUGUAGUGUACUGUUUGCCCGUCUGUGCAUUUCAGUUGCUGGAUUAGAACAUAAAUAUGGACUUUUGGCUGGAAUUGUUUUUGCUGUCCAUCCGAUCCAUACAGAAGCAGUAACGGGAAUCGUUGGAAGAGCAGAUGUAUUGGCGUGUCUAUUUUUUCUAUUAUCAUUUUUAACGUAUCACGACACUCGGUGGAAACGCAGAGAACGGGUGUUACUUAGCUGUACAUUUGGAGCGUUAUCAAUGUUGGCCAAAGAAACCGGGCUAAUGGUCCUCUUAGUAAAUCUGGCUUAUGACAUAUACUCUUCAUGGGGCCAUAUUAAAAAAUCAUUGGUAGAACACAAGCAGACUGAAGAGUAUAAUUCAUUUACAAGAAGAGCUUCAAAAACUAUUGCAGCAACAGUUGCACUCCUAACGUUUCGACUAUACAUGCUUCAAGGCAGUUUACCGAAAUUUACUGAGCCGGACAAUCCUGCAGCGUUCCACGACAGCUCGAGAGUCAGAUUCCUCAGCUAUAGUUAUGUUGCUGCAUUCAACCUGUGGCUAAUGUUAUGUCCGUCGGCAUUGAGUCACGACUGGCAAAUGAAUUCAUUACCAUUGGUCAUGUCUCUGAACGAUAUCAGAAACAUCGGAACAUGUGUAGCUGCAGCAUUUUUGCUGUGGACUAUGUGCAAGAUAUUAUCCGACAUGGACGCACAAAAACAUAGUCCUCAAGUUUUGGCAGCUCUUUUACUUAUUAUCCCUUACAUUCCUGCUUCCAAUCUUCUAGUGACAGUGGGGUUCGUUGUGGCUGAAAGAGUACUUUACAUACCCAGUAUGGGACUCAUUUUGUUGUGUGUAUAUGGACUUCAAACGCUCUUGAAUCACAAAAAAUCAUCAAAGUGGGUGAUAGUAACAACGAAAUUUUUUGUGGGCUUCACACUCUUAAUAUUUGUAGCUAGAACCAUACUGAGGAACAGUGAUUGGAUGUCUAGACCGACUAUUAUUAAGGCCGGUUUGAAGACUUUGCCACACAAUGCCAAAAUGCACUAUAACUGGGCGAAUUACCAAAGGGACGUAGGGGACACGCAGACAGCUGUAAAUCACUACAGGGAGGCGUUAAGGUUAUGGCCGUCUUAUGCGAGUGCACACAACAAUUUAGGCACAUUGAUGGAAAGAUCCAGGGAUGCCGAACAUCACUUUUUAGCCGCAAUCCGAUACUCGCCAGGGCACGUUAACGCUCAUUACAACUUGGGUCAAGUCUACAGAUUGAUGAACCGGACCAAAGAUGCAGUGGCUAUGCUGGAACGAUGUCUUAUGCUAAACAACGGUUACACAGCUGCAUACUUGUUAUUGGCCAAAUUGCAUACGGGAAGCCAAACUGGGCGACUUUUAAAACACGUUGCCGCCUACCAGCCCAAAAACCCAGAACAUCAAGCGCGUUAUGCUCGUUGGCUUCGUGAUAACCGUCGUGUGGCUGAGGCUUUAAUUUAUUAUAAAAGAGCCAUGGCUGUGAAUAUGGAACACAGGGAGUCUGUUCUAGGUUUAGCCCGUGUACUUAGAGAUCGAGGGCAAAGAUCCAGAGUUUACAGACUUAUAACAUGGUGGCAGUCGACGAGACGCAGACACUCGGUGCCCGGCGGCGGUCGGAUCGUGUUCGCCGGCGAUCUCUACGUCAAGGGAUGGCAGCUGUACAAACAGGGCCAAACCACGGCACCACUACCUUCGGCUGGCGAGCCGCCACGAGGACGCAACGCCGGUGGCAAAAUGUCAAUGUGCAACGGUGUACAACUAUCCCACGUGAUGAUUCCGGGAAAGUGAUAUUGGAUUAAUAAAAAACACAUAAAGAAAUAUCGUCUUCGAUUGGUUGAUGGCGGAGAAAAACAGUCGACCAGGACUGUGGACGAGGAAAGGGCAUACGAAAUAAAAUAAACGUUCAUUAUAUAUAUUUAUAUUUAUAUAUUAUCCUAUAAUAUUAUAUAAAUAAUAAAACUGUAGCCGACGUAAAAAAAAAAAAAUAAAUAAUAAUAAUAAUUUAUGUUUAAGAAAAAAAUAAUAAUCAUUGUAUACUGAAAUAAUAUUUAUUAUGGACUUGUAUAAUAAUAUAGUGAUUUUAUUUAUAUAAAAUUGAAAUUUGCUACCGAAUAAAUCGCAUUAUGACUCGAAGUUCACAGCAGCCCUCGUACUUUGCCACCACCCUCAUCCGACAGACACUUCUACCGUCGACACCAGUCGCUGAGCACGAGAAGUUAAAAACAAAUAUGGUCAGGACAGGGGGAUCUGCUGAUAAUGGAAAUGUAACUCAAUCUAAACAAGAAACGUGUUUACUUAAGUGUGAGGCGCGCAUGUGGAGUUCAGAUAUUAUACAAAGCGUAUUACGGUCUCUCGUGCCGGGGAAAACAGUGAUAUCCUCUCUGCGGCGAAAAGAACACGACAGAAUUAUAUUUCUCCGUUUUUUUUUUUCCACUUCUAUAUAAUAUGAUGGCUGUAUAAUAUCAGAAUGUUCGCCGUAGCGCAUAAAACGAGAAAACGAAAAUCAUUUUUUCCUCUCUCCGACAGAUUACUUUUCAAAAUUAGUAUCCGUACCGUCUUGUAAACAUUUGAUUUCGUAUCAUUCGGCUUAUAAUAUAAAUUAAAAAAAUAAAUAAAUAAAUCCCCACAUCGUGGUAUUGCCAGCCGUCGGAUUUUUUUUUUUUUUUGUUUAAUGUAUUUUAGUUUUUAAACCAUUAUUGUUUUCCAGACACAAGAUUCAUCGGUCUCUUGCGCGCCCUGAACAAAUACUCGCAACUACGCCGAAACGUCAACAUAUUAAAAUCUAUUAUUUACAGGACGAGUUUGUAUUAACGAAAAUAGCAUUUUAUCAGUCAAUAUUCUUUAUUAGCACUCGUACGUUUCUAUGGGAAAAAAAAGCAAUUAUUGUUUGGGCGUAUCAUAUUGAUUCUGCUGCGCGUUAAAAAUGUAAUAAUAUACGAAUAUUCGAAAUUAUAAACUAUAUACAAAUGUUGGUACGAAAUGUUGUACGACGACCAACCCAUAAUUAUUAUUUUGAAUUAUAUAUAUUUUUUAAAUAAUUAUAAUAAUUUAUACCUACUAAUAAUAUUACCUAUAAAUAUUAUGUUCUAAACUCAUAGUAU